UACCAGGCCUCAAUCCAAGCUCUCAAACUAUCCAGCGAUCCCGCUCAAAGUGAGACAAAAUGCGUGGUCGGGGACGCGGAAUGAAGCGAGCUCGACCGGGACGGGCGGGUGGGCGCGGUGGCGGUGGCACGCCUGGGUCCAAGCCCAAACGCUCUAAGCAGUUUUGGGCCCAACGAAAAACGGCCCAAAUCACGGCCAUUCCGGGUCAAUCGGAUGCGGAAAAUGAGUCUUCCUCCUCCGAUGAGGAAACCCCACGCCCCGACGAGUCCGAAACGCAAUACCACCAACUCAUGGCGCUCUUCCAGGCUCCCGACCCUCAGACCAGUUCCUCCGAAGCCGAUUCAGAGGGUGAUGAUAAUGAUAACGAAGCCGAUGACGAUGAUGACGAUCUGGACGAUGUGGAGGAAGGAAAACUGGAGGCCGUUAUGGACGGACAAAAUUCUAAUGAAGACCCGGUAGAGAACGAAAACGAGGAGGACGAGGACGAGACCGAUGAGGCUGGUAGGCCAGAGGCCGAGCCAACUCAGACGAAUCAAUCGGAACCAGAACUGGAUGAUGAUGAAGCCAUUGGCACGCCUCAAGAUCCUUUCGUAGCUCGCAUAGAACGGGAAAUUCCCACAUCCUUAACCCAAGUGAUCAAAACCAAGCGCUACCAGACCCAAUCCCAGUACUUUAAACAUCUCGGUCGAUUGGCUGUCCAACCACCCCAAUGGACGCCCCAGACCUCCCCGCACAACCAAUCCCCUGGCCUUUUAAGCGCCGAAGACGACCCUUCCCAUGAGGCCCUCCUUCAGGCCCAAAAUCGUUUAGUGCAAGCGGCGGCCCGCCAGCCUCAGGAUCGGAGUCUGAAAGGCCUGUGCGUCAAACCCCAAUUGAAGCGAAACGUGGCUAGUGCCAAUCCCGUGCGGUCCGAUCCGGAGUCCCAAUAUGACUUGUCUCCGUGGCAAUCCGAACUGUUCCAUUUGUUCAAUUCAUACCGGGAUGUGUCUUACGGAGAGCGGACUUUGGCUCAAGGCCCGAGUUUGCGUUUCGCUUACACUCUGCACGCUUUGAAUCACUUGCUCAAAGCGCGAGCCCAGAUCUUGACCAAUAACGCUAUCUUGGCCAAAGACGACCAAGCUGCCACCCAAUCUGGCGAUGGAUUCCGCGACCAAGGCUUGUGUCGGCCCCGUGUCCUCAUUGUGGUCCCCUUCCGAGAUUCCGCCCUUCAAAUUGUCAAGCUCAUGGGCCAAUUGCUUUUUGGCUCCGAUCAUGGUGGGAAAAUUGGGAACCGAACUCGAUUCGAACAGGAAUUCGAUGCCGAAAGUCCGACCAGGCGGAAUAAGCCCGAUGAUUUUUACGACACAUUCACCGGAAAUGUGGACGAUGAGUUCAAGAUCGGCAUUGCCGUUACCAAAAAAUCGCUCAAGUUAUACACUGAUUUUUAUGCCUCGGACAUCAUUAUCGCUUCGCCGCUGGGAUUGCGCAUGGUCAUUGGAGGCUUAGGUGAUGAGAAAAUGGACUACGAUUUCUUGAACUCCAUUGAGCUGCUCAUCAUGGACCAGAUUGAUGUGUUUGCCAUGCAAAAUUGGGAACACGUCAUUCAUUUUUUGGAGCAUAUGCAUCGGCAACCUCAAAAGUCGCGUGACGUAGAUUUCUCGCGGAUCCGAAUGUGGUCGCUCAAUAAGUUGGCCCCCUUCUAUCGCCAAACGUUACUGUUCAGUCAAGUGUUGAUGCCCGAGAUGAAUACGAUUUUGAACAAGUAUUGCAUGAAUUACGCGGGGCGUGUGAAAGUGAGCAAUCCCAUUGUAGGCGGGUCUAUUCGUCAAGUGGUUGUCAGCGUCCCGAUGGUGUUCCAUCGGUUUGAGUCGUCCUCGCCGGUUGAGGCCGUUGAAGAUCGAUUCAAUUACUUCACCAACAAAGUUUUACCCGAGUACAAGAAGGAUCUGAUGUAUCAUACGGCCAUCGUGGUUCCAUCUUAUUUCGAUUACGUGAAAGUCCGGAAUUGGUUCAAGAAAUCUGAUCUCGACUUCCUGGAGAUCUGCGAGUACACCAAGGACGGGAAAGUGGCCAAGGCUCGUGAUCUGUUCUUUCAUAGUGACACGCAUUUCUUGUUGUACACAGAGCGAGUUCACUUUUUCAAACGACUCGUUCUUAAAGGGAUUCGACAUCUGGUGUUUUUCCAACUCCCACAAUACCCGCAUUUCUUCACCGAACUCGCAAACUACAUGCAGACCGUAUACCAGAAUAAGAAAGGCGGUUCGGAUGGUAACAUGAGCUGCGCCAUUGUCUACAACAAGUACGAUGCCCAACGGUUGGCGGGCGUGGUUGGAACGGAAAGGGCGGGUCACAUGAUGGGAGCCGAGAAGAAUGUUCACAUGUUCAUCGCAGGAUCAAAUUGAAACGGCUAAAGAAAAUGUACCAACUACAACGUGAUCAAUAGAAGUAUGUCAAUUAGUUUUUA